AUGCAACUGGCUCUGACAACGGACAACAUCCAAUUCGAUGAAAACCAGGAACGAUUCAAGCUCAUGGAGAUAGUCCGUGGGACUGUCUCCUUCAAUGCACCGAAAGACUUUCACGUCACAGCGAUCAUAGCCCGAUGCAAAGGAGAGGCCCGUACAAGAUGGGAUGGAGUGCCACGGGCUGGGUAUUGGCGCUACUUCGAUAAAGAAGUGUACAUGUUUCACCGGAGAAUGAAGUUUCGACAUGUCACUGUCUACCAGCGAUACACACUCAACACUUUCUUCGAUGGGCUCAACGUGUCCAAGGAUGUUCCGUGGCAUUCCAUCGGUUUCUGA